CGCACAGCGCCCCCUCCGCGCCGGCCUCUGCGGCUGCGCGCUGGCGGGGCCGAGGCCGAGGGGAGGGGGUCGCGCUGGGGGCCGGCGGAGCUGCUGUGGCGGCGGCGGCGAGAGAGCGAGCGAGCCCAGCGCCGUGGGCAGAGCCGGAGGGGACGGAGGACGCGGACAUGUCUCGCUACACGAGGCCCCCCAACACGUCUCUGUUCGUCAGGAACGUCGCGGACGCCACCAGAAAAUCUAAACCAGUCCACAGUAGCUGGCAAGCGCCCCCCAGUUUGAACCAACCUGUUAGCUAGAAUCCAAGCAUAAACCAAGCAGGCAAGACAAAAGGCACCUAAAGUUCAAGCAUCAAGGAGUAAAGAGGGAGGGUGGACACAGAUAUAAAGACCUGGAAGAGGGGAAGUCUUUAUCAAGCAAAAGACAAAGCCAACACCAGGUUGAGACUUCGGCUUUCCUACAUUUACUCAGAGUUCCAGAGUCAAAGCCAAGUCUGAUUUUGUUGGUUCUGCGUCUCUUAUAAAGUCCAUCUUGCAAGCCAUAAAGAGUAAAGGUCAAGGUUCAAGAUCAAGUGAAAUUGAGAAUAAAGGCUUCUGCAUCCUGAUAUUUUCAGUGAAAAACCUGAUGGAUCCUUUAUCCGAAAGAAGGGAGUGAGUCCUGAACAGUUUAUAUUUAUAAUGCUAAUUUUGGACUUAAUUUUUUCUCAUAUUUCAAAUUAUACUUGUAUAUUGCAACCACACAAGCAGUAUACAUUAAAAGUAAGUUACAUGUUUAUUUCUGUUUUUAUUUUUAGAUUGACUUUUCUAAAUCAUAAAUAGGGUAUUUGUUUUCAUAAUAAAAAAGUAAAAGUGGGUUUUUUUUCUGAUUAUUCAUAUUAUGUGGGAAAUGUGAGCUUAAUAACUUGAACUUGUUUCCUAUGUCUUCCAUUUCACAUGUAAAGAAUACUUUUCAAAUAGUUUUGCUUGAUACGUGAUGUUCAAAGUGUCCUUAACGGCUAGUCAUAUUUGAAGAUGUUCGAGAUGCUGAAGAUGCCCUUUAUAACCUCAAUAGAAAGUGGGUAUGUGGCCGUCAAAUUGAAAUACAGUUUGCACAAGGUGAUCGCAAAACACCAGGGCAGAUGAAGUCAAAGGAGCGGCACCCUUGCUCUCCCAGUGAGCACCGCAGGUCCAGGAGCCCCAGCCAGAGGAGGACACGGAGCAGAAGCUCUUCCUGGGGGAGGGACCGGAGACGAUCCGACAGCCUGAAAGAGUCACGACACCGGCGGUUUUCUUACAGCCAGUCUAAGUCUCGUUCCAAAUCACUACCAAGGCGGUCUACCUCAGCAAGGCAGUCAAGAACUCCAAGAAGAAAUUCUGGUUCCAGAGGACGAUCAAGGUCCAAGUCCUUACAAAAAAGGUCCAAGUCAAUAGGAAAAUCACAAUCAAGUUCACCUCAAAAGCAAACUAGCUCAGGAACAAAAUCAAGAUCACAUGGAAGACAUUCUGACUCCAUAGCAAGAUCCCCAUGUAAAUCUCCCAAAGGGUACACCAAUUCUGAAACUAAAGCACAAACCGCAAAGCAUUCCCAUUGCCGGUCACAUUCCAGAUCUCGGAGUUACCGUCAUAAAAACAGUUGGUGAACAGCAACAAAGGAGUACUACAUAGUCUUUAAUAUAAAUUAUUAAACCUCUUAUUAUGUUAAAUAAAAAUUCUUCAAGGCUUACAGAAAAUGUGAAUUGAUACUAGUUACUUUGGGCAUGUGGAAGAAAGAAAAUCCUCUAGCUUUGGAUUAAUAAAGAUUUGGUUUCAAUGUAAGGGCCCACACCACAAAUUAUGAUGUGUCUGAUGUUACAUUUUACAUACCAUUUUUUGUUUACAUUGUAGCAGAAGGGUACUUUUCAAAGGAAGUGGGUAAAAUGGAACUAAUUUAGAAAAUAAUUAGAUUUUAUUUUUUACUUUAAAGCACUUUACAUUCAUGUAAAAAGUAAUUAUGACUAUAUAAUUACCUAAGGUGGACUUAAAGUAUUUGACACCUAUUUCUCUGUUGUAUCUUCUAUUUAAACUUAGGCCAAUUCCUGGUGAACAUUAGUUCAAAUUACAAAAUCUAAUUUCUCCAAAAGUAAAAUUUAUAUAGAGGUCAAAUAUCCAAAAGAUAAAAUUUUCCCCUGUGUUCAAGGAUACAUUUUUAUGGGGUAGAACAAUUUAGAUAUAGCAACAGGAAAUUCCAUCCUGCACCAAGUUCACUUCAGAAAUAUCAAAACAGUCUAUAAAUACUGAAUUUUGAUUAUGGAGUACAAAAAUCAAAAUGUAAAAAUAUUUAUAUUAAGUCUUAUACAUUUGAAGAGUGGUACAUUUUGUAUACAAAUCAUAUUUUAUACCAUUAUUUCUACAUACCUACUUUUCAUCUGCUAUUUAAUUCAUUCUUCUUAGAGCUCCAGCUCAAGAUUUUAAAUUAUAUAAACUGUCUUAUUAUUUUUGAAAGAGUAUUUAGUACCUGUAUUAUGAAAUUCAAGACUACGUGGUCAAAAACCAACUUGACAGUAUUUGAAUUUUACAUGACACGACCUUUCAUUUUUUUAAACCAAAUAACUGUUGAUAUUUACUGUUUUGUAGUUGUUAUAACUAAGAAUUUCUUUUAAGAUGUGUUUGUAGUUCACAUUUUUCAGAGGGUUUUGGUAGUAUUUGUGAUAAAAUGAUUUUACAUAUGAUUAUUAUGGGGGAUAUAUUUAUAGAGCUCUACUUGUAUACCUUGUUGAAUUAUAUUAUUGAAACUUGAAAGUUCUCAGUCCAUAUAGUUAAUGUUUGUAUCUAGAGUGCUUAAGAAAAACGUGUCUUGUCUUAUAUUUUAGUAUACAGGAGCCAGCGUUGCUUCUGUUUGUUUUGAAUACAAAUCCCAUUUUUCUUUGCAUUUUAGAUCCUAUAUGUAAGAAACAACUUUACAGAAUAAUUUGUAUGCUGGUAAUAUUUGGACAAGUACCCUAAAUUCAUGUAUAUUGUACUUUAUGAAAAGAUUUUCUCUAUUUAAUCAUGCCAAAAUUUAUUUCAGAAUUACAACUCUUGGAAGUGUUCAGCUAUAAUAAAAUUUAGUUAUACAAUUAUGUGGCACUAUGGAAAAUUUAAACGGGAGUCUGAAAAAUAAGAUAUUAAUAGUAAUUGUUAAUAUUUUCUAAAUGAGUUCACACACAUAAAUGCAGUUAUUUUAAAUAACAACUAGAAAAUGAUUAUAAUAUCACAAAUUAUCUUGGUAAAAAGGUAAAGCAAUAUUCCUGAAUAGAUUUAAUCCUUUCAUUUACCUCUGAUUUGGUUUUUAUUUUUUAAAGAUUUAUUUAUUUAUUUAUUUGAAAGAGUUACAGAGAGAGAGAGAGAGAGAGAGAUCUUCCAUUCACUGGUUUACUCCCCAAUUGGCCGCAACAGCCAGAGCUGUGCCAAUCCGAAGCCAGGAGCCAGGAGCUUCUUCCUGGUCUCCAGUGUGGGUGCAGGGGCCCAAGGAUUUGGGCCAUCUUCUGCUUUCCCAGGCCGUAGCAGAGAGCUGGAUUGGAAGUGGAGCAGCCUGGUCUCAAACCGGCAACCAUAUUGGAUGCCGGCGCUUCAAGCCAGGGCAUUAACCCGCUGCACUACAGCGCUGGCCUCGUGAUUUGUUUUUUCUGUUUAAUCUCUAGGCUGUUGAAGAGGGGAUACUUUUUGGUUUGAUGGAAAAGCUGGGGGCUCGUGCUGCGGCAUAGGGGAUUAAGCCACCCCCUGCAGCACUGGCAUCCUUGGUUGGGUCCCGGCUGCUCCACUACCUAUCCAGCUCCCUGCUAAUGCAUCUGGGAAAGCAGCAGCAGAUGGCCCAAGUGCUUGGGGCCCUUCAACCAUGUGGGAGACCCAGAGGAAGCUCAGGGCUCCUGGCUUUGGCCUGGUAUAGCGCUGGCCACUAUGGCCAUCUGGGGGGUGAACCAGCGGAUGGAAGAUAUUUCUGCCUCUCCCUCUCUACUCUUUCCAGCAGAUGGAAGACAUCUCUCUCUCUCUGCCUCUCCAUCUCUGUACUCUUUCAAAAAAAAUAAAUAAAUCUUAGAAAAACUGGAAUUACUAUAGCUCAAACUCUUGAGACUUUACAGUGUGAUUGGCACUGCUAAGUUUUAAGUUACCUAUUUAUUCGUUGCAACAGUCUUAAAAAGACCAUUACAGUCAAGGAAUGGUUGCAGAGAAGUUAAGUAACAAGGGCACACAGACGUUAACUUUGAGAGGCCUCUCCGUGAGUGUUGUGUGGUAUUGUUUAGGAAGUCUUUCAUAGAUGCUAAACUAAGAAGUUGAAAGGGACACCUGAAUUAGGAAUAGAAAUGCCUAUUGGCUCCAGUUAAAAAUGACUUGAGGGGGCCGCACUGUGAUGCAGCAGGUAAAGCCUCUGCCUGUGAUGCCAGCCUCCCAUAUGGGUGCCAGUUGGAGACCUGGUUGCUCCACUUCUGGUCUAGCUCCCUGCUAAUGUCCCUGGAAAAGCAGAGGAGGAUGGCCCAAGUCCUUGGGCUCCUGCACACAAGUGAGAGACUUAGAUGAAGCUCCUGGCCUAUCCCAGCCUGUCCCAGCCUUGGCUGUUGUGGCCAUCUAGGUAGUGAACCAGUGGAUGGAAGAUCUCUCUCCGUCUGUAACUCUGACUUUCAAAAUAAGUAAAAUUUUAAAAACCCACCAGCUUAAAAUACCCACAUCCUAUGUGGGAAUUUCUGGGUGAAAAAGUGACUCUAGGUGAAGAUUGAUUCUCUGGGUAUCCUGGAAACUGUCUUUUGGAAGUAUCUUCAUUCUGGGGUUCGCUUUUGUCAUUGGAUUUGUUCUUGAACUAUUUAAAAGAGAGAGGGCAAGACUGUUAACAAAUAAAGCAAAUGUUUUAAUUUUAGACACCUGUGACCAAUUCCUUUAAAAAGAAUAUGUUGGGCCAGCAUUGUGUCAUAGAAGGUAAAAGUACCACCUGUGAUGCUGGCAUCCCACAUGGGUGCUGGUUUGAUUCCUGGCUGCUCCUCUUCCAAUCCAGCUCUUUGCUUCCGGAUGUUUAGAUACUUCGCAAGUUUAGUGCGGGGAAACUACCGCCCACCCCAUGCCCCGUUCAGGGUCAUGGAGGGUAAACUACAGUGAAACAUAACCCACUACAUCAGCUUGUUUUCUUGAUAUCCUGAUGGCUAGUGUCCAAUUUCUGUUUAACAGCUAGUAUUUUGCAGCUGCUUGGAGCCACGAUGUAAUCUUACACUACUGGGUUAAUUUGCUUUUAAACAUAAAUUAGCUAAACUCAAGACUUUAUAUAAUGUCUCCUGGAAAUACAGCUAUUAUCAGAUACACUGUUCAUUACAGUUAAGAGUUACUGCUUUUUUUUUUUUUUAUUUUUUUAUUUUUUGACAGGCAGAGUGGACAGUGAGAGAGAGAGACAGAGAGAAAGGUCUUCCUUUUUGCCGUUGGUUCACCCUCCAAUGGCCGCCGCGGCCGGCGCGCUGUGGCCGGCGCGCUGUGGCCGGCGCACCGCGCUGAUCCGAUGGCAGGAGCCAGGAGCCAGGUGCUUUUCCUGGUCUCCCAUGGGGUGCAGGGCCCAAGCACCUGGGCCAUCCUCCACUGCACUCCCUGGCCACAGCAGAGAGCUGGCCUGGAAGAGGAGCAACCGGGACAGAAUCCGGCGCCCCGACCGGGACUAGAACCCGGUGUGCCGGCGCCGCUAGGCGGAGGAUUAGCCUAGUGAGCCGCGGCGCCGGCCUACUGCUUUUAUUUUUAAAGUAUUUGAAAGGCAGAGUUAGAGGAGGACAGAGCCAGUGAGCAAGCUACCAUUGCUGAUUCACCCCCCAAAUGGCUGCAAUGGCCAGGACUGAGCCAGGCUGAAGCCAGGAGCCUGGAACUCAGUCCGGGUCUCCCAUGUGAGAGGCAGAUCCAAGGACUUGGACUUGGGUACUUCCAUACCCCUAUUCACUGGCUACGCAACCUUGUCCAAAUUAUCUAGCAUCUUUGCCUGUAAAAUGUGGCUUUAUCUGUCCCAGAGAGUUGAAGAGUUUAAGAAGAUACCCCAGAGUGCCAAGUACAGAGUAGGCAGGCAAAUGUUGACUUCACUUUUCAUUUUUUUAUUUAGACAUAAAAUUGAUUAGAAGACAUUUCCAAGUAUAAAAUCGAUGGUAUGCACUUUAGUGUGUAAAAGUAGUCCCUUGAUAAAAACAGAGUAUUCAGUACCACAGCAGUAACUGUACUCUGCCAGGUCCUGGAAAAUUGAUCAUAUGUACCUUUAAGAUGUUCAUAAAAUUAAAUACAAAGUAAUUGAGUCAAAUACAUUUUCUGAAAUAUGACAGUACUGGGUAGAAGUGUUAGAUAGUUCAGGUUGACUCCACUUCUCUAAAGUUAAAGUAUUGUGAAUAAUUGACAAAUACUACUACUUUUAUUUAAGGAAACCAUGUAAAGAAGUGAUGACCAAAAAGUAAAUGUGCAGAGACUGUUAGGCCCAACAGUAGUGUUUUACAAAGCGUGGUGUAAGGAUGUUUUUAUUCUAUUUUGGGAAAACGGUCCCAUAAUUGCUCUUUGUUGAAUUUUUUUUAGUCUAAGGAUACGCCAUUACUCUGAACUUGUGAAAAGAAAGAAUGGCAGCUUGUGGAAGUAGACAGAUGCUAAGUGGAUUAUCGGUUACUUAUUUUUUAAGUACUAUGUGAUUUUAAGUAUAUGUAAUUCAAAACACUAUCCUGAACCUACAUUUUUUUAUAAGCUAUGAAACCAAUUACAAAUUAAGCAUUUCAGAAGGUUCCUAGAAAAUUUAAAAGGCCCAACCUUUUCAAGUAAGAGAAUGCUCUCCAGUAGUCGAUAUUUAGUCCUAAAAUAGAUUGUGUGUUCACCAUUUUACCUUUCGAGUGUUAGAUUGUGCAGGGUGAAUAUUUCCUCAGAAAGUGUGUCAUUGAAAAAAAAAAAAGAAA